AUGACAGUCGCUGGUGUGCAACAGGUCACAGAGCUGCUAGGAAAGAGCCUCUAUCUUGCUUUGAAGAAUCAAAAGCACAGACCUCGACCAGGAGUUCGACCCAAUACUCUUCGGAUCAUUUCAAAACAGCUGUGUGAAUGCAUGCAGUUCCUUCGAGAAGCUGGAUUGAUACAUGCUGACUUGAAGACUGAGAAUGUUCUUCUUCAGCAUCCUGACAUGACCUUAGAUGACCCGAACCCACGGGUCAAGUUGAUCGAUUUCGGAGCUGCAACGUGGGAUGAAGACGACCAUGGAACGAUCAUUCAGACCAGACACUACAGGGCGCCAGAAGUUGUGCUGGGUCUGCCUUGGACUUUCCCAUGUGACAUGUGGAGCAUUGCCUGCAUCAUCUUAGAGCUGCGAGAGGGGGUGUUGACGUUCGACACCCACGACACUGCACAGCACCUAGCUAUGAUGGAGAGACUGUCUGGUCCCAUUCCUGUGGCUAUGGCACGCAAUGCUGAUCAUGGAGCAGAAGAUUUGUUCGAUCGUGAUCAUUGGAGGCUGAGAUGGCCUGAGCUCUCUGGAGGAGAGCGGGGAAGGAAGAGAGAUUACAGAGCUGAGAAUGAAGUAGAGCGAGUCCGUGCCUUGACCGAGCGACUCAGUGACGAUGCACUUCUGAGGGACAUGCUUGUUCCCAUGUUCCAUAUCGAUCCUUCCCUGAGACUCACUCCUCGUGAUGCUUUGAGCUCGCCCUACUUUACAUCAAGCCUGACCUCUCUCGCGAAUUAA